AAAUGCUAAUCUCAUGCUGAUUUUAAGACUCAGGUUUCAGGUGAUUCAGCAACCGAGAAGUCGGAAUAAUCCGCGAUAAUUUCACAGGAGUGUUCUGAGGGGCAUUACGCAACAGACGCAUAAUUAGCCCGCGUUUCGAUGAGACAAUCGAGGCGUUUUUCGGGCACAUCCUCCCUGUCAUUCUCCGAAAGGCAAACUGACCAUGAAACGAGAGCAGAGCCCGCCCCAAGGUGUUGGAGCAGGCGAAGUGACAAAUCGACGUCCCAGCCCAAGUCUGAAAAAUUCAAAUGAAAGCAACAACACCGAGUGCCAACACCUUAGCCACGAAUGCCAGCGAACCACAGCCAUCAGCAGCACAAGCGCCGAAAACCGAAAACCACCUCUAAUAGCCACGAUGAUCCGGGGCUGGGAUCGCGGUUCAGUGCUCUCGGCUCGGGCAGAACCAAAGCUCGGGUUGGGUUAGAGUUCAAAUAAAUACGGACCCAUCCGUUCCGGCCAGAUCAUUCGCGGUCUGACGCCAGUCCGAGAAGCUUUGGCUCGUUGUGAUACAGUUCGUAAAGGAUAUAUUCGGUUUUACCCCCAAAAUUGGAACGGCACGUCGAGUGCCAGGUGCUAAAUUUGUGAUCGAUUCGGUGGAACCAAGUGAAGAGGGGUCACCAUGCGUGCUAUUAUGUUGCUAUCCUGCCUGGCCGUGAUUGUCUGUGUCCAGGCAGCGGUCACAGGACCUGAGGCACGCUCUAGUGUGGACACCAAGGAUCAGCAGCUGACCACCGCGAGCGUUGGAAUCCUGGACUCCGUGCUUCGGGGAAAGAGUCGCCAGUCGCGCUGUGUGCGAUGCUACGAGGAUCGGGACCGGGAUCGCUACUACGGCGGAUAUGCCAGUCGAUCGGGCGACGAUAUGCGCAGCAGUGCCUGGUAUUACACCGGCUACGAUGACCGCAGCAGCAGUAGGGAUCGCGACUACGACCGGUACUACGAUCGCUCCCGCUACGAUGAUCGUUAUACCCCAAGGACCUACGAUCGGUACGAGGGACGUGGCUAUGAUGAUUACAGAAGGGGAUCCGGGUACAGUGGAUCCUACGAUCGGGAACGCGGAUAUGGCUACGACAACCGGGAUCGCUACUAUGGUGGUGAUCGCUACAGUGCUGAUCGCUACAGCGAGGGGUAUUCCCGGGACCGCUUAUAUGAUCGCUCGAGGACCAGCGGGUAUGAUCGUUACGAUCCGUACGAUCGCUACUACUCCAGGUAUGAUUUUCGCAACUAUCGCCCUUGGGAUGAGACCUACAGAGGUCAAUCCGGCUUCGAUAACUCCGGCCGUGGUUAUUACUUUGCCACCGAUGAUGAGGAAAGCGACAGGAAUCGAGGAUAUGGCUACUCCUACUCUCGACCCUCCUCCUCCUCCUUCUCCUCCUCCGCGAUGAGUUCGCCUUGUGGGCGCAUCCCCGGAAAUUGUCCCUAUGCCGGUGGCUCCAAGGUCACCUCCUCCGCGAUUGGCAGCGACAGCUCGCGAGUGGGUGGCCAUACCAAUGUCCUGGGAUCGGAGGGCGGUCCUGGCAGUUGGACCUAUCUGGGGGAUCAGGAGAAGGGCAGUGGUGGCAGUAGCGGCAGCGCAUCGGCCAGCAGCGGCAGCAGUAGCAGCAGCAACGGCUCAAGCGGCAGCGGCGGCAGUCGGGAGCGGGAACGGGAACGGGAACGGGACAGGGAGCGGGAUGCACAGAGCUCUUCCUAUGGUGGCCGACCACGUCCUCUAGGCGUCAGCUAUCUGCUCGAACGGGACGCGGACACCCCAUCGGAUGGUGCAGGAAACACGGCGAAUCCCGCCGGCAAUGGUGGAAGUGGUGGUGGUGGUGCUGGUGGUGCUGGUGGCCAGAGCAUGCCCAUCCCAGCUGCCCAGACAGCAGCCGAGGAAAGUUCCGGCGCAGCCAAGCAGUAACUGGAUAUGGACACAGAAUUAAGGUCUGAAUCCAGAUCCAAUUCCAGGACCGGAUGCAGUGCAGCGGCUGGGAGAGAUGUCCGCCCGGUGGGCGUGGCAGGGCUUAGUGUAACCUACUAUCCGUAUUUAUGUGUAAUUCAUAAGCUAAGUCUCCAAAGAAAAUAUUUAUGUGUGGCACAACUUUGCUCAAAUAAACAAAAUUCAAAGAUCCUCAA